ACCUCCAAGGAUGACAGAGGAAUGGGAAAUGAGGAGAGGAAUACUGGACAGUUCUACCAUGUGUGUGACAAAGAUGACAGUGGCACAGCUGUUGCAAGGGCUGGAGAGGAAUUGCACCCGCUUGACAUGUGGGUCAUGGACUCUGGUGCUGCAUGGACAAUGACACCACGCAAGGACUUGCUGGAUGCUGUGCGAGCGCCUCCUAUCUCUGAAGUGCGCUCAGCAUCCGGACAUGCAGUGAAGGUCGCUGGAGUUGGUCGAGCUGCAUUCAGAGCACCUGAUGGUGGACUGGUUGUGCUGAAGGACGUGUUACUCGUACCGGGGCUGAAGGUCAAUCUGAUAUCGCUGCGCAAGCUAGGCCAGGCCGGAGUCAGCACCACCACCAAUGGAUCCAAAACAUUCAAGGGGCUGCGAGGAGAUCGUGUGUUAUGGGAUUUACACGAAAGCAGAGAUGUCUUCAGAUCCAUGUGGCAGAUCCCUGCACUGAUAUGGGAAUCAACAAAGAAGGAGUUGGGAGAAGUAAAGGCGGGAUCUGGAGUCCAGGGGGGGUGUAAUGCAGUUAGUGCUGCAGGAGUGACGGUUUCUGCAAGGUCGGGGGAGACUGAUUGGGAAACCGCACACAGGCGUCUAGGGCAUGUGGCUAUGCCAUUGCUGCAGCAACUGCAUAAGGAAGAAGCAGUAAAGGGGCUGAAGCUUUCUGGGCAACCAAAUGAUACCAAGUGCGAGAUGUGUCUGCUGAGCAAGUUCACACGGUUCCCCUUUCACGGCGUAGCUGGGAAAGGCAAGGCAGCACUGGAACUGGUGCACAUGGACCUCGUAGGACCUUUUCCAGUCCGAGGAAGUAAGGGGGAAAGGUACUUCCUGACAAUAGUUGAUGACUGGAGUCGGCUGAUGUGGGCAUACCCGUUGAAGCAGAAGGAUCAUGCUGCCUCAACAAUAUGAGAUGAUUGGCUGCCGUUCGUCGAGCGACAAUCUGGGCACCCAUGCAA